CCCGGCUGGGGGGGGCGGGCCCAGGUGAUGGCGGAAGCGGAGGCAAAGAUGAAGCAGUUCAAUGGCGGCGGCGGGGCUGGGCUGGACGCGGAGCGCGGCCGCUUCCCGUACUGCGUGGUGUGGACGCCCAUCCCCGUGCUGACGUGGCUCUUCCCCAUCAUUGGCCAUAUGGGCAUCUGCACGUCGACGGGAGUCAUUCGGGACUUUGCGGGGCCGUAUUUUGUCUCAGAAGACAACAUGGCGUUUGGGAAGCCAGUGAAGUACUGGAAGCUGGAUCCUGGCAAAGUUUACUCCAGCAGCCCCAACGCGUGGGACACGGCUGUGCACGACGCCUCGGAGGAGUACAAGCACCGAAUGCACAACCUUUGCUGUGAUAACUGCCAUUCUCACGUGGCUCUGGCCUUAAACUUGAUGAGAUACGACAACAGCACCUCCUGGAACAUGGUCAAACUCUGCUUCUUCUCGCUCCUCUAUGGGAAGUACGUAAGCGUAGGGGGGUUUGUGAAGACCUGGCUUCCCUUUGUCCUCUUCCUGGGUGCCAUCCUGACGGUCGUUCUGACGCUUCACCUGCGGUGAUAGCAGCUGUGAGCUCCCAUCCCGUGGGCACACGAAGGAGGGAACUGCGAUGCUUGGCUCAGUGAGGCAGGCACAGCACCGCCCUGGGAAGGCUGCAAUCCCACUCCACUGUCACAGCUCAUCCUCGUUUCCUGGAGCUGCCUCCUUACCCUCCUGUUUCCGUUCUGUCGCUGCUGUGUCUCAGUGCCGGGCUCCCGAAGCCUCCUGACUUCUCCUUCAAUUUGGUCCCUCUGCGAUUUGGCGGUUGGGAAAGGAGAGGUGUGGGCACCUUUGCUUUCAGCCCGGGCAGAGCCUCAAGGCAAACCCCGCCUGCUGGCUCAGGAACGCCAGUGGUUUCACCUCCUCCCAUCCCCUCUUCCUUCCUCCUGCUGCACUUCAUCAGAUGCUUCCUUACAUUUCCAGCCUCCGAGGAGGGGCUGCGUCCCUCUUGCACGACUCUCCCUUAGCACAAGGUUUGGAGAGGAGGUUUGGGGCUCCUGCUGGGGGUGUGCGUUGCCACAGCACGUGCUGCCAGUCCCCAGCAGUGAUAGCAAGGUGUUGGUGGCUCAGCACCCUGAGGAGGAUCGCUCUGUGGCAGAGCAGAUCCAUCUGGUCCUGCUGGUGAGCCCAGAAAAGCAGGAAAGUAGAUGGACCGGCUUGGGCACGGCUCGUAGCAGCCUGCACGCUUUCAGCAGCACGUUGCAGAGCUGGGAGUCUGCUGCCAAAUCCCUUUUAGCUUCUGCCAGAGAAAAUGCAGCUUCCCUGCUUCUC